AUGGCGGGCCCUGUUAUGGAUAUUGCUUGUGCUACGUAUGAAGGAGUUUCUUUUGAACUAGAUCUAUUUCCAAGGACUAAAGAGCCCGUAUGGAUCCUUGGGAAGAAGUAUAUUACUGACAGAGGUAACGAUUGUUGUAGCCUUUUACCGGUCUACCGGAAAUUUUUGGCUUAUUUUUAAGACUAAUCGACUGAGGGAGAGAAACAAAAUUAAUGAAAUUUAUUUCCAAGCAUCGUCCAUUAAUUCGUUAAUACAUUGAAGUCUUAACUUGUAGUGAUUAAGGAUUAUUUUUACCGCAACUGACAAAUCCUACACAGAUAACGUUUGUUUUUAGGGAAUUAUUUUUGUAAGCCUGUUGUUACAUUAUAUAAGAUUUAAUAUCCACACCCCCUGUUUUUCCUUUUUGCACAGAAAUAAUUUAUGAGUUUCUUAGAAAAAUGAUUUCUUCUGAAAAAUGGAUCUGCAGGGCAGAAAUUACUAUAAGUAUUUUCGUCUUUAGGGGACCCCUCAGAAAGUCUCAUCCAUAGGGGGGGUGUGGAUAUUAAAUGGAAUGGCCCAGAAGAUUUAAGUUUUAUUUUUACUUUAUUCAAAUGAAAGAUCUGCAGCUGUAUAAGUUCGCUCAGGCUUAUAUUUUGGAAGACAGACGAUUUGUUAGCUGUUUUUCCAAAUGCUUGAUAAUCCAUUCCAUGAUCAUUUUAUGGCAAGUUUUCAUUCCAAUUUGUAGCAAAUAAACAAAAUGUAGAAAAUACAGCCGUAAGACUUAGAUGCAUCUGCAGUGGGCAAAGAGGAAUUUCCCAUUGAUAUACUGGAAAAUAACAAGAUUGGAAUUCUAAAAUAAACGAUAGUAUGGAAGUAGCUGUUGCACAAAGGAAAAAUGCUGUAGCCACAAACUGUGUGUCACAUUGCAAACACUUUUCCAAACUUGUUGAACAGAAAAUUCUUUUUUUAGUGUAGUGAAAUUAAAGCGCACUUAGCUGCUUCAGCUAGUUAACAUACAGGCAUUCCAACUCAAUAAUUUGAAACAAAUAAUACAAAUAGAACAUACAGUAUGAGGAUUAAAAACUCAGCAGAAGGUAACACAUGAACUGAGGAGUUGAACUCAAGACACUAAGUGAAAAACCGUCAAAUCCAGAGUAAGACUAGAGCCAGGACUUUUGUCCGCUACUCCAAUGAGCUGACUCUGUGGCUGCGCCACCUUUCUUAGUACCAUUAUAAUUCCUGAUUGGCUUGGGUAAAGGAUUUACUAUCAUCACCAUCAUCAUCACAUCACAAUCUGAUGUUGAUUCAUUUCAGAGGAUGAUAACACAAAAAUUAUGAGGGAUAUCAGGUCAAGAUAUUGGUUUACAUAUCGAAAGAACUUCCAAGCCAUUGGUGAGUAAUAUUGAUCUAGCUUUCUUUUAAAGCAAGUUGUCGGCAAGAUAGUGAAUGUCCAUUCUUGAGGGUGGAAAAGGUUGAGUAGGUCUGUUAUUGGAUACGCAUUAUUGACCUAGCAUGAGGUCAAAAUGAUUGGAUAUUGGCCAGGUGUUUUAUUUCAGUAAAAAUAAAAGAACAAAUCCAAUGUGAUAUCAAGUCACCUAGACUGCAAAAGCUUGGUCAAUACAGGAUUUAUUUCUUGCGGGACUAAUGUGGGACUUCCUGAGUGGCCAAAGAUGAAAUAUCUCCAUAGAUCUGGCUCUUUCUUUGCUUCUCACUGACUUUGCUGUGCCACGCUCUAGGUGCACGCAUUGUUCCCUGGUGCAUAACUUUUUCUCCUGGGUACAGGGGGAAAAUCAUAUGCUGGGCACCCUCGAUUUCAAAAGUUUAGAAUAUUUUGGCUCCUUACAAUAAUUAUUUUUUCUAAGUAGGGGCUUCCUUUGCUAUGAGAGAUCUUUACAUUCUAAGAUCAGCAGGGUGCAAAGAAAAUCAUUUUUACAGCUUGCCAUUCGGACAAGCUGAAGCUAGCAUUUACUAGCCCAGACGUCAUUUCAACUAGCCCCAAACGCUUUUUGUUCUUCUGUUAUUCAAAUUCCUCAUAAAACAUCACUUGCCCGUCGGGGAAGUUAAAAACAGAAUUCACUAGCCCGAUAGCAAAAUCCACUAGCCCCGGGCUAUCGGACAGUACUUUCUUUGCACACUGAUCAGUAUGACUAUGAGAACAAGAUUUUCUCAGUACUAAGAAGUGGGUGCUUGUGAACCAGCAUCAUUUUGGUGGCAAAAUGUGAUAGCAGUUGACACCCUACUUCAAGGUUUAGCAAGAAUAUGGUAGUGGUAGAGACAAGUUAUCAAAGUAAUGUUAGACGUUUUACCAUUUUGUGACUGGGAGAGGGUUUAACCUCCUUUAAUAAGAAUAACUGUGUUUACUUUUCAGGGCUCGAACUUAACUUUUUAACUUAAUAGUCAAAUGGCUAGUACAUGCUCAGGCUUUACUAGCCAUAAACGUGUUUCUACUAGUCUAGGCACUUCUGUACAGCAUAAAAUAAAUUAAAAAAAUGUCAAAAAUCCUGUUGUUAUCAAAUGUUAAUUAAAACUGCAUAUCCAUGACAAUCACAAGUGGACUGUGAUGGUAGAUUUGCAUUUCAAGAUGGCGGACAUUUGUUUUUUUGGCUAGCUUUGCAUCAUAGGUACGCUUGGCCCAUGCUCCCUGGUUGUACAAAAUUUCAAGAUGGCAGCGAAUAAACGCGAAACUGAAAACCGAAUUAACAAAUAUUAUUCUUAUGUAGAAUUACUUUUCUUUCUUCUAUUCAUGCCAGUUGUUAAUGGGGGAAUGAAAUAAGAGGUUACUAGAAGGUGCGGAUCAACUGGGAAAAUGUUGAAAACAUUUCAAGGCUUAUGUUGUUUACAGGGGCGAAAAUUAACUAGCCAAAAUGGCUAGUAAAUUAGCUAAAUCCACUAGCCAAAAAUCGAAAUCUACUGGUAUUUGUCCAGCAGACCACCACCAAGUUCGAGCCCCGCUUUUGAAGUGAAAAAAAUGUGAAAUGAAGGUUCUGGGGUGUAUAUCAUUUGAGAAAUAAAACACAAAAAUAAACUUUAAGUCAAUUCUCAUCCUUGAAUCUAAAGGUCUCUAUUAUUUUUGAAGGUGGCACAGGCCCAACAGCUGAUACUGGAUGGGGCUGUAUGCUGAGAUGUGGACAGAUGAUAUUUGCACAGGCACUAACCUGCAGGCAUCUUGGAAGAGGUAAGACCAUGUCUUCAGCUCUUUAUGCUUUAUGGUAUGUAUGGUGAAAACUUGAUAUAACUAAAGGCCAAGGGACUGGCAAAAAUUAACAUGUUCACUAUAACAAAGUUUCAUUUUAUUGACUGAAGUUCUUUUAAUUUCCCCAUAUUUUACUACUGUUGUGGUGAAGAAUAUCAUUUGUUAUACCGAGGACUUUGGUAUGUCACUAGAGUUUCAUUGUAUAAUCAAGGUUCCACUGUAACCAAGUGGCUCUUUUUAGAAAGGUUCUUUCCAAAUUCUGCCAAUAAGAUCUGUGAGAUUAUGUGUAAGUUAGUUCAUAAAUACGUGCAAAUUGGAUCCAAGCCAACCAUGAUGCUUUCUGGUAUUAUUCAUUGUUACAGACUGGCAGUGGGAAGCUGGUACUACUCAACCAGUUUACAUGCAGGUACAGUAGUCUAUUUUGUUAGGUUAAAUCAGAAUUUCCUUUAUAUGCUAUAAAUUAUAAUUAUUCAUAAUCUGCAAAGAAAAUCCUAUUAUUAUUACUAUUAUCAUCAUCAAUAUUACAGUCAACUCCCAAUAAUUCGAACCUUCAAGGGAAAUAGAAAAAAGUUUGAAUUAUUGGGAGUUCAAGUUAUCAAGGGAAAAUGAUCUGAAGGGAAACGAAAAAAAUUGCUUCGAGUUAGCAGGAGGUUUGAGUUAUAGAAGGUUCAAGUUACUGGGAGUCAGCUGUAUCAUUAUUAUUAUUAUUAUUAUUAUUAUUAUUAUCAUAGCUAGUAAAUGAAGAAAGUUCCAAAUCAAACUAGUUUGAAAACUGGUUUGUAGAUCAUGAACUUUAACCUUUUUAUAGUUACUGUAAUGACUUUAGAUGUUUCUUGAUGCCUCCCUAUCACUACCUGCAUAGCUCAGGUGGUAGACUGCUGCUCUGCUGACCAGGCAGUGGUGGGUGUCAUAACCAGCUCAACCACAUCAAUGCAUCACAUCCUUUCCCUUCUGCCCAACCUUGUGAACUUGUUUGCCUUCCCCUUUGAUUCCUUUCCCUUUCAUUUUCUUCUCACUUCCUCCCUUUCCUUCGCUUCCCUUCCCAUUAACUUCCCUGCACUGGCCCAAUUCUUUUCUUUGGCGGAUCCAGGAUUUUUUUAGGAGGGGGUGCACUUGUCUCUUGCUCUACUUCAAUGCCAAUAAACCACAUAGUUUUUUUUUGGCAGAAUACCAGUUGUAGAAAACCACCGGUCAUCUCAGGGAGGGGGGGUGUGUACCCCCUUUACCCUUCCCCCUAGAUCCAUCCGCCCCUGGUUGUUGUGUCGGUUUGCUUAUAGCUUUAGACAUUUAAAUCCUUUAAAUCCUUUAAAUCCUUCAAAUAUCUCUCAUGCUGUUGUGCUGUUAGAAACAACUUUGCAUCAGAUGCGUGGACUGAACCUGUAAUGUAAAAAUUAUUCAGGUUUGGCCUUAGAGUCACUCUAUUUUUGCUUUUUUUCUUACCUGUAAUUGAUUUUAAAAUGUCCUUUUUAGCAAUCCAUUCCUAUUAUUCUCUUUACUAAUAUGUUAUUGGGUUAUGUGAAUUUAGAUUUUGCAGAACUUUCUUGACAAAAAGGACAGUCUGUAUUCCAUCCAUCAGAUAGGCAAGUGCCAUUUUGUGUGUAUUCAAAUCCUAUUUUAUGUUUUGUUUUACCUGCCAAGUUUCAUAUUUGGCCUUAAGGUGUGAAUCUCAUGCAUAUGCCUUAAUGUCAAAAGCUUUGCUCUCAUGACAGCUGACAGUUGCAGACUUAUUUCUCAUGCCUGAUAGAAACCUUUGAACUUUUAACAACAACAACAACAACAAUAAUGACAACUUUAUUACAGCAUUAAGUUAGAAGAGGAGUUGAUAUAACAAUUAUUAUCUACCUGCAAGUUGCAAUUAAUCAAGGCAGGUAGUUAGAACAAGAUAUAUGGUGCCAAAUACAAUUUCAGCGGCACUGAAAAUGAAAAACUCGGAGCCUACUUACUCUUGUCUGACCUUCUCGAAAGCUCAUGCAGAACGUAACCCUGACAAGUUAAUGACACUUUUUCGAAAAAAAAUGUAGUGAAAUAUCAACUCAAACCAAUAUAAAUUUGUGAGAAGAGAAAAGUCCAUUUAUUGUGUAUGAUCAUACUUUUCUCAAGACGCUGGUUUACGAAGGGAAAGCACUGGAGAUGAGGUUGUUUGAAAACUACAUGUAUAAAAUAAAAAGAAAAUAAUAAUAAAAAAGUUGAUAGCUCUUAAGGUCAGACCAGCUGGUCUUAAGUGUGUACAUCUCAGAAAGAUUUCACUGUUGUAUUAUUUUGAAAUAUAUUUUAUCAGUGAUUUAAAUGCUUUCCUGUUUUUGAUACAGCUCAAAUGGGUGUAUCUGAAGGGAAACCUGUUGGAAGUUGGUUUGGACCCAAUACAAUUGCGCAAGUACUCAAGUAAGAAUGCAAAAAAACAUACUAAUUACCAAGCUAUGAUACUGUAAACUAUGACAAAAGACAUACUGAAAUGAACCAAUCAUAGCCAAUAACAUCGAAGCUUAACUGACACAUGAAUAAUAACGUUGUGACUUAAUUGACCAAUCAGGUCAGUAACCAGAGUUAAACUCUAUAAGCCCCAAUAUCCAAAUACAAAUUCCCCAGACUGAUCUCUAUAUCAAAGCUUUUCCCAUCAGGUGAUUAUUUCAUUAAUUCUCACAACAUUUUCCCUUGAUUAUGUAUUGAUUUUGUUGGGAGAAAAUUGACUUUGGUCACCCUUGAGGCUUAAAAGGUUGAUACCAUCAGCAGACCUGAUACAUCACACUUUAAUUUGAUACAUUGAGGACGACUUCCGCACAGGCACAGGUCAUUAAAACUUCAGUCACUGUCACCAACAGUCCUAUUCAGGACUAUACUCACCCGGACAAUCAUAUUCCACCUACUUGUGGUUAGAAAGAAAGUUGUGUUCAGUAGGGGUGUCUUGAAAACAAAGACCCUGAAGACCCCCAAGACCCCCUAAGACCCCCUACCAAAUGACUCUGAACUUUAUUGAUCAGGGAUAGAAAACUGAGUGAAUCAGGUUCCAUUUAAGUCAUUAUAUUGGACAAACUGAUCUGAGAGUUGAUUAACUCAGUGUCCUAACCCUAAUCAAUAAAGCUCAGAGUCAUUCGGAGGGGUGGCUUGGGGGGGAGGGGGUCAUAGGGAUCUUAGGGGUCUUUGUUUUCAAGACACCCUGUUCAGUAGUGUGGGACUAGUACAUUAUAUGUGGUUGGGCCAGUGAUUUGAUCCUUUUCUUGCUUGAUGGGCAAGUGAAUGUUUAGUUUUGAGGUAUGAUAGAUUUAUUAGUGAUCAUUAUUUGUAUUUAUUGUGAUAGCAAAAACAUUUUUAUGCUAGUAAAUAUCGAUAACAAUGAAAAUUUAGUUUGACUUCAAUAAACCUGUUACCUUAUCUUAAAUAAAUUGCUUUUUUUAAAAAAAAAAAUUACAAAUCAUGACUUUUUUGAGCUGGCUGACAUUUUUAUCUUGCUUUUUAUUUCUCUUAGAAAACUUACAUCCUUUGAUGACUGGAGUUCUCUUUGUGUGCACAUAGCCAUGGAUAAUACUCUCAUAGUAAACGAUAUCAGUAAGUUCAUCACAUACCUGUACCUAAAAACAGAACUUUUUCACACUUACCUCUUAUAAAGGACCCUUUCUGUAGCCUCAGUUUGAACGGUCCUCUUGAGUUGCAAACUCCCAAGAUUGAAAGGCUUGUUGAUUCAGACGUCCUUCUCAGGAGUUUGCAACUUGAGGGGACGGCUGAAAUUCAGCCUACCAUCUCUGUUAAAACCCAAUAUAUAUUUUCAUAAAUAUUUUAUUUUUAAUUGACAGGCCUGAAAUAAAGAAGCUCAAAAUCUUAAUCGUCAAGGUCUACUUAUAACAGUAGUUAACAACACUAUAAUACUUACUAAUAUUUUUUAUUAUCAUUUUAUUUACAAUAUUAUCUCAAUCAUUAUUCAUGUAAGUCUUCCUGUACAUUACGAAAUAGAGUAAAAUAUGUGUUCCUGUUGCAAGUAAAAUCCAUUCUUAGUUUAAUUUGAAAGUAUUUAACUAGUUUGGUUCAGAAUUUUCUCUGUUUCUUACUAGGCCGUAACUUUUUAUAGAGGACAAAAGAAAUAGGCCUCUUUAGCUUGUAUGUUGUGUUUUCCCAGUGAAGAUCUCAGGGGAACUUGACCCAUUGUCUUUUCAUAAAUUAUGCACAUGAAUAAUAUAAAAAUUGAAAGAAACAGUUUUCUUGAAUAUUAUCAAGUGACCUACAUUGUGAUGACAUUUAACAUACAAGCUAUAGAGGUCUAUUGUUUAUUUAUAAAAAUAUUCUUCUACACCAACCACUUGUUAAAAGUUUAGCAGAGCUUUUGGAGCCUAUCCAGAUCCCUUCAUCAGUGAUGACAUUUGCUGUUAUUUGCAAAUGAACCAUGAUCAGGGCUACAACCUUCCCCAAUUUAUGGAACAAUUUUGCAGCCUCAUCAAAACGAGGCUGUGAAUGACAGUAAACGUCAUCACUGAUGAAGAGAUCAGGAUGGGUUCUCAAAAGCUCUGCUAAACUUUUAGCAAAUUGUUGGUGUUGAAGAAUAUUUUUUAUAAUAUGUUGUCCCAACAGAAGAAUCUCCACUCUGUUACAUGUAUUCUUUUUUGACCUGAGAAAGUGUUUUACCUACAACAUCCUCACCCCUCUGAGGGCUUAAUGAAGUGUUUGUGGGUCAUGUCAGAGGACUGUAGAAUAAAAUAAUGUUUUGUUUGUUUGUUUUGGAUAAUUAGAAAUUCUGUGCAAAAGAGAAUGGCCUUCAAGGACGUAUGGAGAGACAUCACGACGUAGACACUCAUCAGAAAAGGGUGAAAGCCGAAGAUCAGACUCAACAGAAGGAGUGAAACACAGAAAGUCACACUGGAGACCACUGCUUCUUUUUAUACCACUAAGAUUAGGAUUGUCCGAAAUGAAUUCAGUUUAUAAUGAACCAUUUAAGGUGAUUUUCUUUAUUACACUUUUAUCAGUGAAAGGUCAUGCAUGUAGACUUCUCAGAUUAUCAUGAUCACAUGCCGACGGGCAAAUUUUUUAUCUUACUUCCAACAAAAUCUGGGAUUUUUCUGCCAGAACAGCAAUUAAUGGAACUCCUCAUGACUGGCCAGUAUAUUGGGGUAUAUAGUAUACGUGGGUUUUUUACAACAAAAUAAAUAUCUUUCACCUUCAAUGCUUAGGGUAUUUUAUGCACCUUAUUCCCAGAAGGUAGCGUAUGUACAGCUGCUCCCCCCCCCCUCUUGUUCGAGGGGAGGGGGUGGCUGCACACAGGCUUCCAGUAUGAAAAGGCAAUAUGUUUGGUUAUAAUGAUAUACCAUUACACCAGGCUUGUAAACCUGACUAUUUAGUGAAUGUUGACUUUUUACCACUUAGCUCUAUUAGAUAAGUGAAAAACCCAAUCAGUACAAUAAACCCUCCGCCCCAUCUCACAGCUGUUGCUUGUAAAACAAUUCUUUGGGAUGUUAUUAUUAAACCUACACACUGUUUUUAAAGAGUUAGGGAUGUACCGGUAGUUGCAGUGUCGUGGUCUAUCUCGGCCAGCAUGUGGUCAGCUUGGCCGGAUAACCUCGAAGUGCUUCUAUGCUAAUGAGAGUACAACAUACAUAAUAGUUAAGUUUUUAGUGGAACUUCCCAGUGCACCUAAAAUGAGAAGAAAUUUUCUUUGGGUAAGUUUGGAUAUUUUUUUUAAAAAAAUCUCAUGGGCUCUGUUGAUAUUGUUUUCUGUUGUCUUUAUUUCAGGCUUGCUUCAAAUUUACCCAGUGUGUAGGAGUUAUCGGUGGAAAACCAAAUCAUGCAUAUUAUUUCAUAGGAUUUUAUGGUAAAUAAAGUACUGCUCUAUGCUUAAUAACAUUCAUUUGAAAAGUUAUUCUCAAAUCCACAAGCUAUCUUUUUAGGUGGCAGGUAUAAAACACAAGUCACAGGUCACAAAAGCAGGUCACAAAUAUUAAAAACUGAGACAAGCAGUUCCCAUUAAGCUAAAUCUAUAAUUCGGAUUGUGAUUAGGGCUAGGAGACACUUAAAGUGUUGUUUAUUUACCGUAGCACGGUGACCUGUACCCUAUCCUGAACUUGUGGCCUGCAUUUUGUCGCUGCUGCUUUUGAGGAGAACCUCAGCAAAACCAACAAAAUAAAUUCCUCAAUAUUGGUAACUAUCAUUUGAAUGGGUGUUACGGUUUCAACAUAUAAAAUCCCACAGACACCCUGUACAGCGUGAUACAAAACAGCACUCCGGAAAGUCAUGCUCAGUAGCUGUCAUUUACCGGUAGCACGAAUGGUUUCUUUCCAGGUUUCAUUUGACUCAAUGCAAAUAGACUUUCUUGCUCUCCAUUUCAGUUGAGCAUACACAAUGAAACAAGUUCAGGACCAUUAGCUUCAAGUAGAGAAAAAAGCUGACCUUGGGAUGCGGGGCAUUUUACAACUUUAACAGUGAGCGCUUGUCAAAUGCCCUGCUAUUUCCCAGCCGGUGGGGUGGGGUAGGGGAGGGGGGCUGCAGGGGUUUACAUUGACUGGUGCAUAAGGAAAAAGAGAGACUGCUGUAAGUCUAAUGGAACCCCUACCCUUUCAUACACUUGAAGUCUGAAGAAGGUACCACCUUUCAAGUGGAGCCUUCCCAUAUGGCCAUUAAAGGGAGUGCCCCCUUGGAAAGAAUCAAAUUCACAGAAUUAUUGUAUUUUUCAAUCCUUGCCUCGAGCUGGUGUCUCUGAUCCCUGGAAUAAGGGGAAGGGAUAUGAAUGGUUAGGGACUUGUACUGUUACGUGGAAGAUAACUCUAAUUUUUAUUUCUCCUUUCAUUUCAAGGUGAUAAUUUGUUGUAUCUCGACCCUCACACCACACAACAAGCUGUAUUUCCUGAAAAAAUGAGUCAAAUCCCAGAUGAGGUAUUAUCUUUUUCUAUGCUCUUUGGUUCAAAACAACAUCGUGAGUACCAGGAAAUUGUUUUGUGCAAGUGGCUAAACCCUUCUUUUGGCAGCCGUGUUGGGGGUCAAAACAAUGUAAUUUUUUCUCGAAGAAUUUACUUGAAAAUAGAGUUAAGUUCCCAAAGGAGAGAAAUGCUUUUUUUCCAACCUGCGAUCAGGCAAUUUUUAUUUUUGGCGAGGGAAAAUUCCCCCGCCCCCCAAAAAAAUCGCCUGAACGCAGGUUACUUUUGUUCUUGACUACCACCUUGGCUGCGUGACGUCACGUGCAAACCAGCAAUUACAACAUCAUUUCGAGGUAAACAGCUGUUCACAUACUCGGCCUCAGCUAUUGUUUUCGCAGCUGCUUCGUGUUGUUUUAAAAUUUUCUCAACUGUUUCCGAACAAAACGAACUCCUUUUUGCUCAACAGUCAUCAAAACCACACUGAAGUUGUGAGAACAUCGCUUUUCAGUCCUAGUCCUACCACUCAUUACCCCCGGGUUAUUAAGUAUGUGUUAUUGUUUAUUGUUUGUGUUCCUUAGAGUUAUCAUUGUAACUACCCAAGUAGAAUGAACAUUUCUGAUCUGGAUCCUUCAAUAGCCUUGGUGAGGAAUACUUAUCCUAGUUGUCAUCAGUUAUUUUAUUCUGUCCGGUAAUCGGACCUGGGCCUACCGUUGCCAAGUCUAGUAUAAUAGUACUAUUAUUAUAGCCUGUUUACAGACGCUCUAUUUUUCUCUAUUUUUCCGUCGAGCGCGGCCUCAUAUGAAAAUUAAAACCGCGGGGGAUUUACUCACGGUCCGUGCCCGCUCGGUCGAAUUGUCCAAAAAAUACUAACAGCAAAACGUCUGUGGACAGGCUACUACUAAUGGCCUCGACUUCACAAUAGCUACGUUAAGUUUUGUGAAGAAAAUACACACAUAAAUGGCUGUACCCGUAAAAAGUUUACCCUGUAUAGAACAGCGAACUUAAGCAAACAAAAACGCUGACGACCCGGACAUCAUGUAUAGCAACGGGCAUUUCGAUGUCUCGCUUGAUGGGAAGAUUCUGUCUCACACAACGACUCGGAAUGCCUUUGUUUUAACUCCCGCUCUACGAAUUUGUAGAGUCAGAGCGCUGAAAGCCUGAGAGAAAAUAUUAACUUCCGGUUGCCAUUUUAGACGUCCGGGACGUCAACUUUCUCGUUGCUUCAAGUCCUAAUAAUAGCCGAACAAGGAAACAUUUCUGAGUAAUAGUAUAGAGUACUAAUAUAACCCCUUAUGAGUUUCUGGUAGUACACAGUACUGGUGUAAAGUAUUGCGUACUAUCAUAAAGGACACAUUUCUCGUACUAAGUUAGUACUAGCAUAGUUUUGCUAAUAUCCCUAAGGAAUUCAAGGGACUACCUGUAAUCUAGGAACAAAGUUUUGGCAAACAGUGGCUGGUUAGUCUUCUUCGUGGUCACUCGCCCCGAGCCUCUCAGUAAAACGAUCAUGUCCGUCGUGUCUUUGUAAUGUCAGUUACUGAAUUUCCUCUUUUUUAGGGUUUCUUCUGUAACACGGAAGAGGAGUUCGAUGACCUGUGCGCGCAGUUUCACGAGGUAUUUCUUCCUUAACAAACUUACCCGCUUUACACUUUGCACUUACUCUUCAUUCUUCAUAAUUCUUCGUCCGUGAAUCAAAAAGUUCUUUUGCUUUCCCUGAGUAGCAGGCUUUAAAGGAAGUAGGAAAAAGGAACUUUCCUCUAAUUCCCCUUUUCGAUUGUGGUCUCCACACCCUUUCCUUCCUGUUUACGCCUCCAUCUCAAGGCACUUUGUGGUGUUGUGACCUUGAAGUAGGUUUUCAUGACGAAUAGAGAGAUUAAGAUUCACAUUAGAGAGUUUUAGAUCCGAGUUUACUGCGAACUUCUAACCGCGGUUUGCGGUUACCCGUUUGCGGUUCGACGUUCAAACAUAAUGCCAUUUAGAUUGGCGGUGGAUUAAAGAAGGUUUAUUUUUCCAUUUAGAAAUAAAAGAAGUAUCAAUCAGUGACAAUAAAAGAAAUUUACGCUAACACUGGGUUAUCUAGCAGCAAAGAGCUGUAAAUUCUUACGUUAGUUCUUCUUGCAAAUUUACGGCCGCCAUUUUGAAUCAGCAGCCAUGAAUGUCACUUGUUUUCAAGAUCCAAUAGGAUUUAUCAAAUCAGUUAGCAUUUCGCCAGAAUUUGUGCCUCUGUUAAUGGAUAAAGACUUACCCCACAAGAUUUUUGUAUCAUUACUUGGGAUAAAACAAGAAUUAUACGCUAAAAGCUUUCAGGUAAAUGACAUACGUGAAAAUCUACCUCUCCACGUUGAAAACGCACGUCGUAAACCUCAAACGUGACGCGAACGACUUGUCACGUGACCUCCAGCGGUUAGAGGUUCGCGGUAAACUCGGAUCUAAAACUCUCUAUUAACGCCAAACGGCAAACGUGAAUUUGUACAACGUGACCAAGUUUUCCCCUUAUUGUC